AUGAUGCACCCCGCUGUGGCUGGACAGUUUCCGCCGAACCCGGCACCCGCCAAUCCGACGACUCAGGCAGUAAUCAAGACAGAGGAAUCCAAUUUAGCCACAAUUUCGGUGUCGACAAGAAUUCCCGAAUUUUGGGUGGAGCUACCAAGAUUAUGGUUCGCUCAGUUCGAGGCCACGAUGAAUCCUCAAAAACAAGGUGACGACUGCAAGUUCCAGUUGGUGAUAUCGAAACUCGGACGCGACGCACUCCAACAAGUGUCGGACAUCGUGUACAAGCCGCCAGACAGUAAUAAAUACCAGGCACUGAAGGACAGGCUGCUUCAGGUAUUUGAGGAAUCACCAGAGAGACAGUUUCAAAGGCUUGUGAGUGAAUUAGACCUCGGCUCGCAGAAGCCCUCGCAGCUCCUCAGAAAAAUGCGAGAGCUCGCUCGAAAUUGUCAAGCUAGUGAAGAGACGGUACAGAGCUUGUGGUUCUCGCGUCUACCUCCAGCGGUCAGAGCUGUAUUAGCCGCUAGUGCAGACCAAAAACUGGACAACUUGUCGCCGAUUGCGGAUAAAGUGAUGGAGAGUAUGCACCAGACUUCCUUAACGGGCGAGCUGGCCAGUAUGGGAUGCCAUUCCGCCCAGGUGUCUGUUGAUAAGGAAUUAUGUACGCAGAUGAACAACUUGAUGCUGGAAGUAGCUGCUUUACGGAACGAGGUUCGAAGAAAACCGCGAUUUAACUUCAGGGGACGCUCAAGAUCAAGAAGCAGAUCGAGGUAUGGGUCUAACUCUGUGGCUAGGACCCCCGAGAGUCCUGACUGGUUGUGUCACUAUCAUUUCCGGUUUGGAGCCAGAUCCAGAAGGUGCGAAGAGCCGUGCAAUUUUAACAAGAGACCGUCAGCGGAAAACUAA